AGUGGGUACCCACGUCUGACCCCCCCUAGUUUGUUCAGAAGGCUGCGCUCUCUCUCUCUCUCUCUCUCUGCAACAAAUCUUCUUGGCUUUCCUCCUCACUCUGACCCUCUUCGGCUUGCUUUUCUCUCAGCCAUUUUCUCUUGGUGCUUUAGUUCUUCCUCAUCUCUCAGCAUUUCCAAGUUUUGACAAGUAGAAAAAAAUUCACAGAAGAGUUCAUAUCGCAGAAAAGAGAGGGGAAAUAAUGGCUUCUCUCACGCCCGGAGUACUACUCAAGCUCCUCCAAGGUAUGAAUUCGAAUGUAAAAGUACGCGGUGAAUUUCGAUCCAUCCUUCUACAAGUGAUCAGCAUUGUCCCGGCCUUAACUGGUCCCGAGCUAUGGCCUAACCACGGCUUCUUCAUAAAAGUCUCCGAUUCAUCUCAUUCGACAUAUGUCUCAUUAUCAAAGGAAGACAAUGAACUCAUCUUAAACAACAAGCUACAACUAGGUCAAUUCUUCUAUGUAGAAAGGAUGGAUCCUGGAACACCUGUCCCUAUCCUAGUAGGAGCGAGGCCAGUUCCAGGACGACAUCCAUUUGUGGGUAACCCAAAAGACUUAAUGCAAAUCUUGGAGCCCUCAGAGGGCCCAAUCCAAGUUGAUCACGAAGGAAUUACUAAUUCAAAGUCGAAUGAGUUGACCGAAGUCAAAGAGGAGAACGUGAAAAAGAAAUUUGUUAUCAAAGAGGAGAAGGCAGCGGUUGCAUCUAGGUAUAUGCAAGGUGUCUUGACAUCGAAUGCAAAAGUAAGCGGAGCAGAUCAAAACAACAGUGGUGGGAAGAGCAUCGACAAUGAGGGUAGUGGAGCGGGUAAGAAGGUUGUGCCUGUCAAGGGCAAACUACAAGAGCUUAAAGGUCAGACACGGUCAAGUACUCCUUCACGCAAUCGUGUUGAAGCACUUACAUCAAAGCCAGAGGUUGUUGACACCAAGGAGGCCUUGACACCUUUGAAAAGCACGACGGUGAAACACAUGACGGCCAAACUAGAAAACAUCAACUUGAAUUGUGUGUCAAACACGAGGGAUAGAGUUCAAUUGCCUGAGAUGAUGUCUUGGUCCUCUUUACCGGCCACCCUUUUGAAGCCCGGGAAGGGAAUGCUUAGAAGGAGAAACUUGGCUUCUUUGGUAGCAGCAGAGGCUCAAAAAGAAUCAUCUACAGCUGCAAUUCUUGUCAAGUGCCUCAGUAUGUUUGCUGAUCUGUGCUCAUCUGCAUCACUAGAGAAUCCCCACCUCUCUCUCACCAAGUUUUUUGCCCUUCACCAACUUAUCAACCAACCAAACUCCACAGCCCCAUCAUCAAAGGACAAGCCACUUCAUUUCUCUAUCAACUCAACUCCUCAAGACAAAGACAAAGUCAAAAGAAGCAAAAAGAGAGGCCUUGAAAAUGGUAGUAGAGGUACACAAAAGGCAGCUUUGAAGCCCUCACUAGAGCUAAGUGGGGUUGAAAAACAAGAAUGGGCAAAAGGAGAUUCUUUGAAGGAGAUCAAAGAACUAAGAGAGAAUCUAAUUAAUGAGACACAAUCUUGGUUCUUGAAAUUCUUGGAGGGAGCGCUUGACGUGGGGUUUCACCCAGGCGUGGCCCAGGCAGAGAAGAAAGGAAAGGAGAGUGGAGGAGGGAAGCGAAUGGAGCCCGACAACCAUAUUGGUGUCACAUUGUCACUGCUAAAGCAAGCGAAUGAGUGGCUUGACAAAGUGAAAAGCAAUUUUGGAUCGGAGAAAAAUGGGGUAGAUGAGACUGUCGAACGUUUGAAGAAAAAAGUGUAUGCUUGUUUGCUUGUUCAUGUGGAUUCGGCUGCAUCAGCUCUGGAGGGCCGUUCUGAUCGCGGUUGAUUCAAAAUAAGUGGAUUAAUUGGUAUUUAUAAAUAACUUAUAUUAAUGUUUAAGUUGUGUUUGCUUUGCCAAAUUCCUUGGAGGAAAUUCAUGGUCAAUUUGGAUUGGAUGCAAUAUAUCUAUGAAGUUUUUUUGUGUAUAGUAUAGGAAAAUAAGGAAAAGCUCAUUCAAGUCCCUUCAACUAAACUUUGAGCUUUCUAACUUAAAAGGUUUCUUUCAUUAUCUUA